AUGACUGGUCGUGGUAAAGGAGGAAAAGGUUUGGGCAAAGGUGGCGCUAAACGUCAUCGUAAAGUGUUGCGUGAUAAUAUCCAAGGUAUUACCAAACCAGCAAUUCGUCGAUUGGCUCGUCGUGGUGGUGUAAAACGUAUUUCUGGUCUGAUUUACGAAGAAACCCGUGGUGUUCUAAAAGUGUUCCUGGAAAAUGUUAUCCGUGAUGCUGUUACUUACACUGAACACGCCAAGCGUAAGACCGUCACCGCCAUGGAUGUAGUUUACGCUUUGAAGAGACAAGGGCGUACUCUUUAUGGUUUCGGAGUGAAAUUAAAAAUGCCGCCCAAGACUAGUGGUAAAGCAGCAAAGAAGGCCGGAAAGGCACAAAAAAAUAUCACCAAGACCGAUAAGAAGAAGAAGCGCAAGAGGAAGGAAAGCUACGCAAUCUACAUUUACAAAGUACUCAAGCAAGUACAUCCCGACACUGGUAUUUCAUCGAAAGCCAUGAGCAUCAUGAACAGUUUUGUAAAUGAUAUCUUCGAAAGGAUUGCCGCUGAAGCUUCGCGUUUAGCUCACUACAAUAAACGCUCAACAAUCACAAGUCGGGAGAUCCAAACUGCCGUGCGAUUGUUGUUGCCUGGUGAACUUGCCAAGCACGCUGUUAGUGAAGGAACUAAGGCAGUUACCAAAUACACAAGCUCGAAAAAAAUGACUGGUCGUGGUAAAGGAGGAAAAGGUUUGGGCAAAGGUGGCGCUAAACGUCAUCGUAAAGUGUUGCGUGAUAAUAUCCAAGGUAUUACCAAACCAGCAAUUCGUCGAUUGGCUCGUCGUGGUGGUGUAAAACGUAUUUCUGGUCUGAUUUACGAAGAAACCCGUGGUGUUCUAAAAGUGUUCCUGGAAAAUGUUAUCCGUGAUGCUGUUACUUACACUGAACACGCCAAGCGUAAGACCGUCACCGCCAUGGAUGUAGUUUACGCUUUGAAGAGACAAGGGCGUACUCUUUAUGGUUUCGGAGGUUAAUUUCCUCUCGUUUAAAAACAAACAAUCGGUCCU